CUGGCAUACGCGUCCAUCGUGGUACGCGGUGAGCUCACUUCUCUCCUGCUCCCAAUAUCUCCCAACUACCAUGGACCACUUCCCGAUGAACUGGGGGCGACCCCGCAAUGACGCCGUGGACGCGUACGGCACACAUCCCAUAGCUCAGCGUCCGUACAACGGUGGCGGCUACGUGCACGCGGGACCAAAGACGGAUGCGUUUGCGGAUGGUGUGCAGAGGACGCAGCAGCCCAUCGUCACCGGUACGAGCGUGUUGGCGCUGAAGUACAAGGAUGGGAUCAUGUUGGCGGCAGAUAACCUUGCUUCGUACGGCUCGCUCGCCCGCUUCAAGGACGUGCAGCGUCUGCACGCGGUCGGGGACUACACCUGCAUCGGCGCGUCGGGGGAUAUGAGCGAUUUGCAAUACAUCCAGGGCCUCCUCGAUAGCGUUAUGAUUGACGAGUUCACCGCUGCUGAUGGCCACACCCUCGGCCCGAAGGAGGUGCACGAGUACCUCAGCCAGGUCAUGUACGCGCGCCGCUCAAAGAUGAACCCCUUGUGGAAUUCCCUCCUUGUCGGUGGGUAUAAGGAUGGCGAGCGAUUUUUGGCCUACGUCGACUUGCUCGGCGUCACAUAUUCUUCCUCGACUCUCGCAACAGGCUUCGGCGCCUACCUCGCUCAGCCGCUGCUCCGGAAAGCGGUGGAGGGUAACGAGGACACUUUGACGGAGCAGGACGCGGAGAAGAUCAUCGAGGACUGCAUGAAGGUGCUCUUUUACCGCGAUGCGAGGAGCUUGAACAAGUUCCAAAUCGCAAAGAUCGACGCGAUGGGCGUCACGAUCUCCGAGUCGCGGAGCUUGGAGACACACUGGUCGUUCGCGGAGGGUAUCAGAGGGUACGGAGCGCAGACGCAGUAAACAUGUACAGUAUUCAAUCACGGAGUACUUCUUUGUAUCACGA